UCCACGAAUGUCACUGCAAGAGUUUUAUUUAGUUCGCUGAUUUUGCAAGCUAGCUGGCUAAGCUGUCACUUUAGCCGUUAGCCUGCUGGCCUAAUGGUCAGGUGUUAAUGCAACUUACUGCAAAUAGAAAAUACUGAAAUCGCUUUCGUCUGUAACAUCGAGCUUAUGAAAGAUGAUUUUCUUGGACAGAUUAGCUGAAGCGACUGUCAAAACGUUCAGGUUACUGCAAGCAUAGCCAGCUAGCUUGUGAAGCCGUUAUAGAGCUAACCCAGUUCAGGGAGUUUGCUAAUUUAUUGCCUUGUAUUGCUUCUCAGAUUACCACAUCUCUUUCUUCUUAUUUAUAUUUUGCUCUAACUCGUAGUCUUUGGUUUUUAGAAUUGAUAUGCUGGCACCGCCAAUCCCUACCAUCAUGCCGGCUCUUCUGGAGAGGCCCAAACUGUCUAAUGCCAUGGCACGUGCCUUGCACAAGCACAUUAUGAGAGAGAGGGAGCGGAAGAGGCAAGAGGAAGAAGAGGUUGACAAAAUGAUGGAGCAGAAACUAAAAGAAGAGGAAGAGAGGAAGAGGAAGAAAGAGAUGGAGGAGAGAAUGUCUUUAGAGGAAACAAAAGAGCAGAUAAUGAAGAUGGGAGUGAAGCUGCAGGGUCUUCAAGAGGAGAAGCAUCAGCUUUUUCUGCAGCUGAAGAAAGUCCUACAUGAGGAGGAGAAAAGACGACGGAAAGAACAGAGCAAUAGUGUGCACGCAUGGCCGGACUUACCAUUGGGCUUGAGUGGGCUCAGUCAGAAUUCAGAAAUUAUUAGCCGCAUUUCCAAUGUGCACGCAAGAUCUAAACGGGCCAGCCGGGGCUACAGCUUACAACUACGACCUUCAAGGCCACAAUCAAACAGCAUAAACUGUGACAUGACAUCUCUGACUUCGGCAACAUACCAGUCUAACAUGGCCAUCCACUCUGGGCAGCACCUUCUCAGCAUGCAAGCAGGUCAGGUUAGUCAUGGGCGUCCAGGUGCUCUUCUUGGGGAACGCAGCAAACAGCUCUUCCAGUCUCCAGUCAUUCCCACGCGUCAUUUCCAGUCUCAGCCGGGAUUCAGUGCAGGUGGAACAGAGCACGGCCAGUAUUCUGGAGGCCAGCCGAGUCACAGCCCGUAUGGAGUCACUCAGCCGCAGCAUGCAUCACCUUUUGCCUCCAGUCAGCCGGUGCCAGCCAACUAUGCCAGUGGUUCACAACUUAGAGGUGCAUCAGCAUUCCAGGCCAUGCAGUACCUGCCCCAUCAGCAGCAGGGCUAUGCGGUCCACAGUCAUUUCACCUCUCAGCCUGGUUACAUCCCCAGUGCUGGGAUUCCCCUGCAGAAACAGUUGGAACAUGCUAACCAGCAGUCCGGCUUCACAGACUCGAGUCCAUUGAGGCCCAUGCAUCCGCAGGCUCUGCAUGUGAGCGCUGCAGGUAUGCUGCCUACUCCCUCUAUUGCUGUCCAGAUCCCUCCUGGCAAGUCUGGCUUACCAUAUGCACAUCCACCAAGGCCAGCUUCCCCAGGCGCAUUCACACAUGGAACAUCCUCACAACAAGCACAUGCAGCUACAUUUCAAAGCUCUUCUCAACCAACCCCUCGCCACGCCUACCUUUCUCACAGCCAAUCAGGGCAGAGGUUUUACCACCAUGGCAAAUAGCUAUUCAUUUCAGUCUAAUGCAGAUAGAUGUUAGGGUUUGAAGAUAAGAUUCACCACUUACACUUUGAAGGCUUUUGGAUUAAAGCUAAAUAGCACACAACGCUUGGCAUCAUAGUGUAAUGACGUAGAACACAUGACUGCGUUACUGUCACAUGCAAGUCAUUUUCUGUUAUUCUUCAGCUGGUAGACCUCCCUUUGCAACAGGGUAUGCCAUUUAUUUCAGUAUUACAGUGGGAUGUGUCUGAAAGUUUCUUUUAUGCAUUUGAAGACGUCGGCAACAGCUGUGCCAACAUUA